GAAAAGAACGUUAAAAUUUUACGGUUGUUUGAAUAAAAAAAAGUUAAAUAUAUAAUAUAUUUUAAGGAAAAAACGGUUUAAAAACAAGCAAUACAACAAAAUCACAUAAAUCCUUAUUUAAGGAUUUUUUAAUCCUUUGCAAUAAAAAAUAAUAAAAUUAAUUAUUAAACGAAACAAAGAAUGUUUCCCAAAAACAGGACAUUAAGUGAAAAUAGAAACACUAUGGGAUAGGAUGAAAAACUAACUAAUAAAAAUAAAAUUUUUCGAACGAAACUUUAGUGAAGAGAAAAGAAGUACAAUAAUACAAAAAUUAUAUAUGAAACUUUACCAAAGUAAACAAAACCUAUUUUCUAUUAAACUUUAAUAAAAAAAGUGUGUGUUUCGAUAAAACUAUAAAUAAAAAGAAAAAGUGUAGAACUUAAGUUUUAAGACGAUAUGGAUAGUUCUCCAGAUCUAUCCUUAAAGUUAAGGCGCGGUUCUAGUGAUUCUCGUGAUAACUUCUAUAUGGAUUUUGCUCAAGGCAUUGAUUCGGAUAUCGAAGAAGUGGAUAAUACAGCACCAACGGCACCACCUCUACCGUUGGUAGAUGAAUUGGAUUAUGCCAGUAUACCACCUCCACCGCCUCCUAUGAUGGCCUCAGUGCAACAGCCUCAAACAUUGCCAACUCUAAGUGAACACGAUGAUUUGCCACCUACACCACCACCUCAAAACACAGUAUUACCCUCACCACCACCUUCACCCACAUCGUCGGUGUUGGAAAUGAUGCCACCACCACCCAUAACACCGCCAGCGCAAAUGAAUCGCAAACAAGUGCAGCCACCCUCACCACCUCUGGAAACAGAGGAUGAGGAAGACGAAGAGGAUGAGGCGGAAGAUGGUGUGGAAGCCGAUGUAGAGGAAACUCCCGAUGAGGAACCUGAAGACACUGAACCCGAGGUUCAAGAGAAUGGUGUUAAUGGUGACGAAGAUGGUAACGAUGACGAUGAAGAACCUCCACCACCCUUGCCACCACUACCAGCUCAUUUGUCCUAUGAACAAAAUCAAGAUGAUGACGAUGAUAAUAAUUUACCACAACCCAUGCAAGGACGUACACCCUCUACUUCGCCCUCGCCACCAGUAACACCACCACCAUGUCCCGAAUUGACUUCAAUACAAAAGAUAGUUUCACCACCUCCACAACAUGUCUCGCAAAUACCACCACUUACACCACCCUCCGAAAGUGAUCAAUCGCAACCAAAUUCCCCACCACCAGUACCCCGACAUACCACUAAUAUUAUGCCUUCGACUCCACCACCACCGCCCGAAUGUGAUACAGUAGAUGACGAACAGCCACCUACACCACCACCUGAAUUUGGUCAAACCGAAGAAGAACCAGAACCGGAAGAACCAGUAGAAGAAGAGGUGGAAGAUGAGGAGAAACCGGAACAAGAAAUAGAUAUAUCAGGAACUGGUGAUAUUCCUACUAUGGAUUUGGUACAAGAAGUUUUACAGGAAGCUGCCAAACAAGCUAUGGAAGGUGACGAAACCAAAUCCUCAAAAGAAGAUGAUUCUACAACCAUUACCACACCGCCUAGUAAUGGUUAUUCGGGUUCAUCUAUACUGCCUCAUCAACCAGAUGAAGAAGAGGAAGAUCCUGAACUAAUGUUGGCUAAUAUACCACCACCAGCCGGUUUAGAAGAUAAUUCAGAAGACGAUGAGGGUACCAAGACUCCAGUGUCGGAAACAAAACCCUUGGACUUAGAUGAAUUGUCAUCUGAACAUAUACCACCACCCUUGGAAGAAGGUGAAGAAAUAGAGAAAAAAUCCUCCUUACCCGGUACUCCCACAUCUCAAGUAUCCCAAUUAUCACAGGCCACGCCAACACCUACAGUUUCGGGCUCACCCAAACGAAAAAGUAGCGUUACAAGUGCUGGUGCUGCAAGUGUUGCUGCCAGUGGUAGUCGUGUUCCUAGUCGUAGUGUUAGUCGCAGUGGCAGUCGUAGCGGUAGUCGCACUGCAAGUCGUACUGGCAGUAUACGGGGAGGAGCUGGCGGUAGUAUAGGCUCCAGAGCUGGUAGCAUAGCUGCUGCUUCGGUUGCCUCAGCAGCUGCUUCUAUUGUAUCAGCCUCGCAAUCUAUAAAGGCUGAGGUUAUAACCUCACCACCUCACUCGAUUAAAUCGAUAAGAAGUCCUCCCGGUUCGAUUCGUUCGCACACUUCAAAACCUAGUCCUUCACCCUCACAGAAAAGUCAACCGGCGGUAGUGGCCAUAUCAUCGCCACCAGCAUCAAUUGGUGAGGCCCGUGUUCAAAGUCCUCAAGAAGGAGAUAGUCCACCAGCAAUGCCUUCGCCACCUAUAAUGCGUAGUCCACGACAACUGAAAAGUCCACCAUCUAUGCACAGCCCACCUAGAGUUACAAGUCCUCCCAAGGUGUAUAGUCCUCAGUUGAUAAGCAGUCCGCCAAUGCGUAAAGUAGAUGAAAUCGAUGCAGAGAAAGCAGAAAAACCAGGUGAUGCUUUGGCAACGUUAUUCUCCGCCUUAUAUGGCAAAAUAUUGGUUGUUAUGGGUAUUGCAUUUCCAAUGGCUGAAGUUAUAUCCACUUAUAUACCACCAUCAUUUUAUGAGGUGUAUUAUUUAUAUCUAUACAUUGGCAGCAUGAUAUUCCUGCUAUUUAUGUAUGCCACUUUGUUAUGGGGUCGUCCUAAAAUACCUGUCAAUAUUGCAUCUCCUACAAAAUUAUCAGCCAAAACACGUUCGACAAGUGCUUCAGAGAGUAUGGAUGAAUCGGAUACGGAUAGUAAUUCCAUGCAUAACAGACGUAUGCCAUCGACAGUACCUUCAGCUAGAAGACCCUCUUUGUUGUCACCUCUAGGACGUCAACACCAUUAUGGUAGUUUUUAUCUACGUAUGGGUGCUGUGGCUUUUGGUAUUGGCAGCAUGAUUUAUUCGGGUUUGGAAUUUGGUCAAUAUUUCGAAUUGAAUCCAGAUACAAAGUGUCAUAAUGUAUUGUUGGCUUUAACACCGGCUACCAGAAUGGCUUUUAUCUUUAUACAAAUGUAUUUUAUAUUUUUGAAUAAUGAGCAAAUCAAAGUUUAUCGUUAUAAAAUCAUAGCCCGUUUCGGUCUAAUGCACAUGAUUGGCACCAAUUUGGCCGUCUGGCUCAAUGUACUGAUACAAGAAACUAAACACGAAAUCUUAACAUUCUAUAAUGUGGAAAAUCGUACAUUACGUAUAUCACAUCGUAUACCAGGACACUCUAGGGCUCACUCUAUUUUAGCGCCAUCCGAUCCCAACGCCCUGGUAAGAGUACCCAGAGGUUUAAAGGGUCCGUAUCAAAUAUUCGAAUGUCGUCGUACAAAUAUUUUGGGUACAUUAGUGCAAGAUGCUUCGCCAUUUCUGUUUCCAUGCACUAUUGAAUAUUCAUUGAUAUGUGCCGCUAUUUUGUAUGUUAUGUGGAAGAGUAUAUCGAGGCCUCAGACUCCUAAGCCCCAUAGACCAGAUAUGAUUAGUUCACCAGUAAAAAGAUCUCCACAUCAUUACUCGGUAGAUUGCGCUCGUGCCCAUAAGGGUUUGUUUGUGGGUAUCUUGGUGUUGGUCUUGACUAUUAUAUCUUUAAUAUUAUUCUUCGUUUUGAUAUCAAGACCAGAUUUCGUAGCCCUAGCCGUUAUGGAGGUAACAAUAUGUGAAUUGUUUAUAUAUGGCACAGCGACUAUAGCAACACUGGUGGGCAUGAUACAAAUAAGACAUUUACAGUAUGAUGCAUUUAGAAGUUUUUCACUGGAUGAUAUUUUAUUGGUAGGAGCACAAACUGGUUCAUUUUUAUACAAUAUUUUUACAGUCAUAGCGGGACAUUUUUCGUUAAGAAGUGAUGAUUGGCUGGUGCCUCUGAAUGCAUUGGCUUCUAUAGUGCAAACAGCUUGUCAGACCAUGUUCAUAUUAGAUGCUAGUCGUCGCCAGGCAGUGACACCCGAACAUAUGCGCAAGAAACCCGGGAGAGAAAUUGUUACCUUCAUGUUGGUGGUCAAUUUGGCUAUGUGGGCUAUAAGUACUUUGGAAAAGUCAAGAGCCGAAUCACAUCCCAUACAACUGAAUUUCUAUGGUUUGUGGGCAUGGACCAUUAUUACCCAUGUGUCCAUGCCACUGGCCAUAUUUUAUCGUUUCCAUUCCACCGUGUGCUUGUGCGAAAUCUGGAAGAGAGCCUAUAAACUUAAACCGACAUUUAUGUGAGAAUUAGCCCGUGAGCGCAUUGCAAGCAUUGCGCAACAACAGCAAUUUUGUGAAGAUCUUAAAACAAAUUUAUCCUACUGUUACUGUUCAACCACCAUUGUGGAGACAAUCGAAGAAGUGGACAGUAGUGGCAGUAAUAAUGGUAAUGGCAAUAGUAAUGGAAACGGAAAUGGUACGAACACAGCGAAUGGUAAAGCUAAUGCUAACGGUAAAUGUUCUGAAACAGAAACUACAGCCCAAGUUGAAGGUGAGACGGGUUGUGGUACUGGUACAGAAGCUACCGAAGAAGAAGAUUUAGAUACUACCGACAAUGAGGCCACAGUCGAAAUGAAACAGCAACCGAAGCAGCAGAUUGCAAUAUCGAGAAAGUCAUCGGGUGGUGGUGGCAGUGUGGGUCAACGUGCAUUUUGUCCGGUUUAUAUAAUAAAUGGUGAAUGAGUUUAUAUGCAAUUUGAGUACAUUGAUGCCAUUAGUCAACGUGAACUCACAUUUGUAUGAAUCUUUUCUUUGUUUUUUAUUAACAACUAAAACAACAAGCAAUGCUUUUAUUUAUACAUUUUGAAAAACUUAAUAAACAUAGAUAAACAAAAUCUGACCAAUUUUUAUUUUAAAUUUUAAACUCUAAAAAAUGAAGGUGAAAAUAAAGAAAACACAUUUUUUGCAUUAAACACACAGAUAUUUACACACAAAACACUUUUUGUAAUUGUAGACGACAGUUAAUUAAUUUUCUUGAUUUCCUUUCGUAACAUAUCUCUGUUUUAAGAUGAAAUUUAAAUAAGAAAAAUAUUUAAAUAAAAAAAAACUUAAUAAAAUAAAACAACAUAUAUUUUAUGGUUGAAUUAGUUUACUUAAAGGAAAAAAUAAGUAAAAAUAGAAAACAAGUAUAAUGUUCAAAUUUAGCUAAAAUACAUUAAUGUCAUUAAAAGAAAAUGGAAAAAUUAAACUGAAAAAAAUAUUAAAUUCAUAGUUAACGUAACUCGCAUUACAAGUAAAUGACAAGAAAACAAAAUAUAAAAAAAAACUAAUUGAUAAAAUUUGUUGUUCUAAUUAGGAUCUCGUAUAUAGAUAUAAAAAACCCCUAAAGAAAAACCAAAAUAAUGCAUUCGAAAAAAAAAAACAUAAUUGUAGUAAAACUUGUAUAAUCGUAAUUAAACGUUUUUCUUUAUUUCUAAUGAUAGUAUUAAAAAAUAAACACCAGUAAAGCAUUUAAAUUAUUAAAAAAUAAAUUAUGAUUUGAAAGAGAGAAGAAUUACAAAAAUGUAAUGGAAAAAAAUUUAUGAAAUUUACUAGACAACUUAAUAAAUACUCUACAUUAAACAUAUUUUAGUGGACAUAUAAAAUUAAACUAGAAACUUAAUAAAACGACUAGUUUAAAAUUUUUACUAACAUAUUAAAAAAAAGGACCAUUUAAAAGAGAAGUAAACCAAAACGGUUUAAUACUAAAGUAACUUUAUUUUGUUGUAUUUAUUUUAAAACAUAAAAACUUUAUAAUUUUCUAUUGAUAUUCCUUCAUUCAUUUAAGGCAUCAAAAGAUUUCAAUAUAGGUUUGGUUUCAAAAGCAAGGCCGAUUCCCUUGGGUUCAUUAAUUGGUUCUGUUAUGUUACUCGAAAACAGAUCUAGCCUCAACCCACCAACAGCAUAAUUAUAUAUCUAUAUUGAGCACGGAAUCAAACAAUUACAAGGCACGUAAGACUCUAUUAUUUUUGAUCCGCAAUAUCGUGUCGGACUGCUCUCAGUCUCAGGAUAGAGACAAAAAAAAAAUAUCCAAGAAUCCUCAUUCUUGUUAUCACAACUUCUGCUGUAGACGUUAUAUGGAAGAAAGCCUUAACAAGUUCAUAUAGAAAAGCCUUAACAAGUUCAUAUAGGGCCCAGGUCUGCCUUGAUGUCGAGGAAGUUGUCAGGAAUAAUCGAUCUGAAUAGAUCUGUAAAGUCUAGCUGUAUUAGAGUUUUAAAGCAUAAGAAAAGAACACUAAAUAUUAGGUUAAUUUCCUCUACUUGAAGACGGCAGGCGGUUUUUGCUAGUUCAUCCGCAAUAUUAUUUUCAUGUCCAUUUGAAUGUUUCCGUACCCAAAGCAAAAAGUUAAGGUUUGAACCUUGUCAUCUCGACAUUCACGAAUCAGUCUGAAUGUCAUGUAGAUAACAAAUAGUAUGAUUACUGUCAGAUGCGGAGAAACCUACAUAUUAUUCAUUCUAUAAUUCAUCACCUAGUUGAUAGUCCUUUUUAUGUUUGAAAUCUCAAUCUACAAGAUGCUACAUUGAUCGUAAAUGUAAAUUCACUCUCACACCCGUUGAAGAAGGGACAUUUACAAAUUAGAAGCAUGUCCAAUAUGGUUAGACUUUCAGAAUUUCAUGUAUCGGAGGAGAUUCCAACAUUACGAUAUUCUUGAGAGUAUAACUUAUACAAGAAACUGUUUUGUCUUUUUAGUUCCUUGGUCAGUGAAAACCAUGCCUAGACGCAAAUCUAUAGUAGUUUUUAUGAAGCCUAAAUUAUCAGCCUAAAGGAAAUAUUCGAUGUCUCAGGUUCCUAUCUCAGUUGUGUCUGAAUUUCACUUGUUUUCUCUAUAUAUCCAUAUUUUACAAUAUUGUUGAGAGUAAAACGGAAAAACUUUAUGUAAAUGGCAAUUUUCCAGAAUGGUUGAGGCUACGACAUGAGUUGUAUCUAAAUAAAUAGUGAAUGCAUCCAAUUCUCAAUUCGAUCCAAUGAAUGUUUAUGUUCUGCUUCAAGAAGAUGCCAAGAAUGACUCUUUAGUUCCUAGAAGAACAGAUUUGUUAUAACGACAUUAUGAUUGGGUGUAGUUGGAGCUUUAAGUUCUUAAAGAACGAUUCCACAAGGAUCAAUUUCUCCAUAUGGAAUCACUCAUGUUUGUUAGGAAACGCAUUAAUAUAUUACUGAUCGCGUUAUCCAAUUGUAUCUAAUAAAACUAUCGGGGAAUAUUGUCUUGGUAUUAGUACCUUGCGGGAUGUAGAAUUGCUGAUAAGGGAAGAAGUAAAGAGGAGUAAAGGAGUUGUGUCUGUGGUUUAAAUGAAAAUAACGGAUGGAGAUUAUUUGUAAAAUGUUGAUAUUGGUUGUUGCUUUUGAUUUAGAUCUAGUUGGGACAGUGAGUUGAAUAAAAUAGGUUACUUGGAGGAAGAUGUCUAUCUUCCAGAGGGAAAAGAGACUUGCUUCGUUGUCCAUGUAGUGGGAGUAAACACUCUCUUACUUCGUAAGUUUCUUACACAUUGUUGUUCAACGCAAUAUCUGGCGGAGGAUAGCUCUUGAGCAAAGAGUUCAUAACAAUGAAACCUUUGAACUACCGAUCAAAAUUUGUAUUCGAAAAGAAGUGAAAAGGAUUUCGAAAUAGACCCUAAAAUUUGACUUUGAUGCCACUUAUUUCCAUUCUUAAUUUCAAUUAUCCAAAACAUUAUGGAAACAUUAACUACCGAUUUAUAAAGAAAAACAAAAUUUUGACAAAAAUACAUUUAAUUAAAAAAAUUAAUAAAGAAAAACUGGAAACAACAAAUCAUAAUCAUAACCCACCACAUAAAUUAUAUGAAAACAAAAAAUAAAAUUAAUAUGAAUCAUAAGAAAACAAAUUUAAAUUUAACUAUGAAUAUGUAUUUGAAAACUUUUUAACCAUAAAACAAUUUCAUAUUUUUUGGAGAUAAGUUACUUAUACAAAAACAAAUAAUAAUAUAGAAAAUAUGCAAAAAAAAAAACUUGAAAUAAAAAUUAAAUAUACAAACAAAAAAGCAAAGAAAAACCCUACAUAAUAUUACAAAAAAAAAAAUCACGUACAAGAAAAUAUUAAAACAACAACAAACAAAAUGAAAUAGUUUACAAUUAAAAGUUUAAUAAUAGAAAAACAACAAUAUUUGUAUAGAGACUGAUUGUGUGUUCAUUGCAAAAAUUGAAAUGUUAAAACAAAAAAUAUAUAUUGAAAUAAAAGAAAAUAAAGAAGAAAAUUCAAAAACAAUGAAAUAGCUACCUACUGAAUAUAACUAAAAAAUAAAGAGUUAAAAGUUGAAACUAAA